AUGACCCCAAGAAAAGAAAAACGGAAGGGGAGGGGCGAGGAGGGGAGGGGCGAGAGGGGCCGGGAGAGCCCCCGGCACCGCCCCGCCGGCCGCGCCGAAAGGUCCUUUCUCCUUGCGGCGGCCGAGGGAGAAUGGGCAGCUGCAGGCGGCUCUCGGCUGCACAAGCAGGAGGGUUCGUGCCUAGAGCCUCUCCCCGUCCCGGGAAAGUACCCGUCACCCUUCCAGAGGCUGCCCGUCGCUCACACCGACUCGGCGGGCCCUUCACCCGGGCCAGCCGCGGACACCGCUCCGCAGCCCGUGGCGUUUGUGCAGGAGGCGCUCGCCAGGGGCGGCCCUCGCUCCUCGCAGCCCGCGGAGCCCUUUCUCAGAGGCCUUCCCUCCCCUCAGGGAUCCGCUGGGCAGUCGCAGGUGACACGGUGCCCAGCAUCGCUCUGCAGGGAUGCUCGCCGUGCCUCUCCCACUGGAAUUGAACCCUUGGUUACACCAACAUGCGCUGCUGUUGCUACCGCGAGCCCACAGACGCCCCCCCGACACCUGACAGGGCGGCUGGGCCAUCGCUGGGCUGGCAGCUGUGCUCCAUCUAACCAGUCACCUUCCAUCAGGAGAUGCCCAUGCACUCCACAACAGAAGACACUGCAUCUCAGGCCAAGAGAAGCAAUAACCCUCGGAAAGCUUUCCUAGAUAGUGCUAACCAUAAAUCAGACCUGCUGGAGAAAACAGUCUCACGACUAUUGUGCAGCAGUCCCUGCACAGCUCUGCAGUAGGAAUCACUGAGUCACCAGCGCAGACCAUUGCUAGGACAAGGAACUGCAGUUCUAAAAUUCAUAGCUGUGCCCUGCUUGCUUGGAUUAUGACAUGGUCAAAAUUCCUCAAAGUAAAAAUAAUUAACAAAUACAAGCUAUAUUUGCAUUAUAUGAAAAAUACAUAUUAACAUCCAACACAAUUUAUUUUCCAGACCACAUGGUACAACAGUAAUUUUCCAGGUUAUUGAGAAGAGAGCAGAUUAACAGCAAUGCCCAACAUAAUGCCAGCCAUCACCUACUAGUUAUAUUGAAAGAUAAACAACUGAUUUUUUUUUCUGGUGCAAGUCAAAUGCUUUCACAUCAGAAAGCCAACAGGUUUCUGUUAUGUUUCAUUUUGGUAUUUUUAAAUAAGACAGCUUGGCAUUCCAAAGAUGGAUAUGUAUUGAUAAAUCAAGAAGGAAAGCCACAUGCUGAGAAAAUGAAUAGCAGUAGGAGAAGAAAACUAGUGUGCAUGGAAACAUAUAUUAGGAAUAAACAGAUCUGAUUAAGUAAAAAUAGAUAAUGGCAUAAGUAUUUAAAGACAUGCAUUUAUUAUUCAUACUAAUAGUAUACAUCCAUUCUGAAUAAAGGUUCGGUUACUUGCAGGAGAUAUCAGUUUUCUGCCUCUUUUUUCCGUUAAAAAUUAAUAUCGUAGUCAUUGUUUAGCUUUAUUUUUAGCAAUCCAGGAAAGGAAUUACUGCCCCACCCUGAGCAAAAAAAAAGCAGUGAAUCAUUUGCUUUGUGAGACAAGGCAGAGACAUAAUCUGUGACAAAUAACACCACAUAAACUCCUCUGCAUUACUGUUCCAGGCUUCCGUAGCAACAGCCUCUGUG